CAGUUUAUUUGCUUUUGUGUCGCACAUCGGAUCGGAACGUGCUAACGCGUUUAGUGCUAAAUAAAUAUUUCGAGGGUUUCAACAUUUAAUACAUAUUAAUUUAAUCGAUUUCAAAGCAAAUUUAAUUCAAGUUUGCGCUCCAUCCAAGAAAAUGCCACCUAAACGUAAAGCAGCUGCAGUAAAGGAAAACAUUCCCCCGAAGCGAGAAAAGCAGAAAUCUGAGGGUAACCUUGAUAACUCAGAACCGAUUGAGGGUAACAAGGCGGAAGAGAAGAACUGUUCCAAUGCUGAGAUCACCAAGGACUCAGAACCGAUUGAGGGUAACAAGGCGGAAGAGAACAACUGUUCCAAUGCUGAGAUCACCAAGGAAGAAGUCAACACUAUAACAAAAUUGCCGGAUAAAAUUUUGAAAGUCUUCGAUAAACAACCUCCUGGAAUGCUUCUGAUCGCUGGAUCAGUAGCUUGGGAAACGCAAGGACAGAAAAUAAAGCCGACCGAUAAGACCAGACCAAACAUCAAUAGUUUCCAUCGGUUCACAUCGGAAACGUAUCGCUCCGCUGUAACUGGAUGCUGUUCGGCACAUUCCAUGCUGAUUAACAUAAACAGAAAGGCUCUUGGGUUUGGACGCAAUCACCAUGGCCAGCUGGGCCAGUCCCAAUUGAAAACCUUCGAGAGUCCAGUACCGGUGAACGGUUUGGGGGAUUUAAACGUCAUUCAAGUCGCUUGUGGGAGAAACCAUUCGCUGUUCCUCACCGAAGCGGGUAUCGUUUAUGCCUGCGGUGACAAUCGACACGGCCAAUGUGGUAUUGGGAAUACCACGGCAACAAUAACGAAAGCAACUCCGGUGAAGUAUUCGGGUCCACCAAUCGUAAAAGUCGCCUGCGGGGCGGACUUUUCCGUGAUUUUGGACACCAACGGUACACUGUAUUCGUUCGGACUACCCGAGUAUGGCCAGCUGGGUAACAAUUCAGAUGGGAAAUAUUUCAUUACGGCCAACAAAUUGGCGUAUAAUUACGUUACGUUCCCUAAGAGGGUUGAACGGUUCGUAGAGAAGACUAUCGAAGGACGGACCAUUCCGAUUGAGGACGUCAAAAUUUUGGACUUUGAUUGCGGCAAUAACCAUACGGUUGCUAUUGACUCGAACCAUCGCAUGUUUUGCUGGGGUUCUGGUGGGUACGGUCGCCUCGGACAUGCUGAACAGAAAGAUGAAUGGACUCCCAGACUCAACAAAUAUUUCGACAGCCAGCAGCGAAAGAUUAUGCGUGUGUUCUGCGGAACGGCUUUUAGUCUGGCCAUAACCGACAUCGGAUCGUUGUAUCUGUUCGGGCGGAAAAAUCUUCGCGGCGAUACCAACAUGUACCCGAAGCCGGUUCACGACUUGGCUGGCUGGAACAUUAACUCCAUUGGAGCCGGGUACAACUCGAUUCUUAUUUCUGCCGAAGCUUCUGUCAUAGCUUGGGGUGCUUCUCCGACGUAUGGAGAACUGGGCCUAGGAGAUGAGGUGAAGUCCUCUUCGGUGCCGAAGAUCGUACCUGAUCUGCAUAGUAUGGAGGUGACACACGUGGCCGUGGGCUUUUCGCAUUCUCUGCUACUCGUGAAUGUAGAACACGAGAAUACGAAACAAAAGUACGAAGCUUUAUCCGAGUUCAUCAUUGAUUGAUUGAUUCUAAGGUAAGUUCGUUUAUACGUUAUCAAUUAUCAUCGUUUUUAAAUGGCUAACGAGAAUGACGAAAUUUGGUAAACUUAUGUUCAGAGGUACUUUUUAUAUCUAGUUAAUAUUUCCAACAUUUUUGUGGAAGUACUGUUAUUGUUACUGUUUAAUUACUAAACUUAUUAUAAACCGAAGGAAACCAAUAAACAAUAAUAAUUGUUGUCAGUCAUUAGAAA